UCGACUUCGUCGAUUUCGACGCGCCGAACCUCCCCUCCCCCUGCCCCUCUCCCACCGACACCGACGGGCCGUCGAGUCGACUCGACGACGACGACGAGGGCGACGGCGAACACUUCACCUCUCCACUUUGAUCGGCGUGCUGUGGAGCCGUGUCACCAUAUUGAAGUCCACAUAGCACGAAAAUGGCUGACUUGAAUGUGGGUGAUUUAAAAAUUGGAGAAAUUUACACUUCAGAUAAAAAUGGAAGUGAUGAAAGUGGCAAUGGUACGGAGGCAAAGCCCUAUAAAACCAUCAUUCAAGCAAUGAGACAUGCUGGUAAAGAGCCUUUCCCAGUUAUUUAUGUUGAUGGAAAGGAAGAGGGAGUGAAAUAUGAAGCUGCUGCCAAAUCUCAGCUAAAAAAGAUAACAAAAUUAUGGGCUCGUGAGCAACACAAGAAUGAAGCCAAAUCCCAGAGGGAGGAGGAAGAUGCUGAAAAGAGAAACAAGAACCUUGAAGAUGCUAAGAAAAUAAAAAUUGAAGAAAACAAGAGCCUUCCUCCUGCUGAGCGUAUCAAGAUUUCCCACACUGCCAAAUACAGAGACAGGAGGGUCAAGAUUUUUGGCUGGGUUCAUCGUCUGAGGCGUCAGGGCAAGGCUCUGAUGUUUGUUACACUGAGAGAUGGUACUGGUUUUCUCCAGUGUGUUAUGAAUGACCUUCUUUGUCAAACAUAUGAGGCCUUAGUUCUCUCCACUGAAUCUUCUAUCCAAGUUUUUGGAACUCUGAAGGCAGUUCCAGAGGGAAAGAAUGCUCCUGGUGGUCAUGAGUUGAUUGUGGACUACUGGACUCUGAUUGGUCUUUCUCCUGCUGGAGGGGCUGACAACCUUCUUAAUGAAGAUGCUCACCCUGAUAUCCAACUGGAUAACAGGCACAUGAUGAUUCGAGGAGAAAAUACUUCCAAGGUUUUGAGAAUGCGCUCAGUGGUAUUGCAAGCUUUCAGAGACCACUAUGCCAGCCGUGGUUACUGUGAAGUCACACCUCCUACCUUAGUCCAGACUCAGGUAGAGGGAGGUGGUACACUAUUUAAGUUUGAUUACUUUGGUGAGGAAGCAUUUUUGUCUCAGAGUUCUCAACUGUACUUGGAAACUUGCAUCCCCACUUUAGGUGAUGUCUUCAGCUUUGCUCAAAGUUACCGUGCUGAGCAGAGUAGAACCCGCAGACAUUUAGCUGAAUAUACUCAUGUGGAAGCAGAAUGCCCUUUCAUUACAUUUGACGAUCUCUUGGAUCGCCUGGAAGAUAUGGUUUGUGACGUGGUUGACAGAGUCUUGGCCUCUCCUUAUGGAGAAAUUGUCAAGGAGUUGAACCCUAACUUCCAGAAACCUUCCAAGCCAUUUUUACGUAUGAACUACAGUGAUGCUAUCAAGUGGUUGAAGGAAAACAAUGUUACCAAAGAAGAUGGCACAUUUUAUGAAUUUGGAGAGGAUAUUCCAGAAAUGCCUGAAAGAAAAAUGACAGAUGCAAUUAACAAGCCGAUCAUGCUUUGCCGCUUCCCUGCUGAGAUCAAAUCAUUUUACAUGGCUAAGUGCCCAGAAGAUAAAAGACUAACUGAAUCGGUUGAUGUUUUACUUCCUAAUGUUGGUGAAAUUGUUGGAGGAUCCAUGCGUUCUUGGGAUUUGGAAGAGCUCCUUGAUGGCUACAAGCGAGAAGGCAUUGACCCCAAACCCUACUACUGGUACACAGACCAGAGGAAAUAUGGAUCAUGUCCUCAUGGCGGAUAUGGUUUGGGACUGGAGCGUUUCCUGUGUUGGUUGCUCAACCGCUACCACAUUAGAGAAGUUUGUUUGUACCCACGGUUUCUUGGUCGCUGCAGACCAUAGAUAUUAUCUUCUAAUUUUUGUUUAACUUAUAUUCUGCAUUUAAAGUGCUGAGCAGGCUGAAAUGAAUUUGAAUAAUGUAAAUAAUUGUUGCUGUUUGGGUGUUUUUAUUCUUUUAUAAUCUCAAUUUGCUUUUUUGAACAUUGGCCAAUCAGAGAUAGGUGAUAAUAAAAUCAUGAAGCACACA